GCCAUGCUUACCCACUCGACUUUUAUCUGACCUUCAUUGUAACAUGAAGGUCUGCAGUAUACCUAUCUACUUAUAUAUAUUUGAAAACUUAGAAAGUGCAAAUUCACAAACUGCGUUUGAACAAUCAACGAUAGUUCGUGUCUGUGAUCACAUUUUCGCACGUUAACAUGGCAGCAAAAAUUUCGUUGACUCUACCAAGUGGUCAAAAAAUGCCAGCACUUGGACUAGGCACAUGGGAAGCAAGAAACGACGAAGAAAUUGAAACCUCUCUUAAUACUGCUCUACAACUUGGUUACCGUCACAUAGACACAGCUUUCGUUUACGAAAACGAAGCCGCAAUUGGACGAGUGCUAAAGCAAUGGAUAUCUUCUGGAAAGCUCAAAAGAGAAGACUUGUUUAUUACCACAAAACUGCCAAUGGUUGGAGUUCAUCCAGAUCGUGUAGAAAUGUUUAUUAAAAAAUCACUCGAAAGUCUUCAACUAGAUUAUGUAGAUUUGUAUUUGAUUCAUUUUCCUGUUGGUGCUAAAUUUAAGGAAGGAACCGUGAGGCCUUAUCUUAACGACAAUGGGGAAAUUGCUCUUGAGCCGAAAACAGACCACGCGGCCCUUUGGAAGAAAAUGGAAGAGCAAGUAGACGCAGGACGCACCAAGAACAUAGGUUUAUCAAACUACAACAUCUCCCAAAUCACCACAGUCCUCAAAUCCGCAAGAAUCAAGCCAGCUAAUUUGCAAGUCGAACUCCAUGUAUAUCUACAACAACGUCAACUCGUAGAUUUUUGCAAGAAAAACGGAAUUACAGUUGUUGCCUAUUGUCCCAUAGCGAAUCCAGGUUACAACAAAUUUUUAGUGCGAUUGGGACAACAGCCCAAACAACUUCCCAACCUAUUGGGCGAUCCAGAAGUCGCCAGAAUUGCACAAAAACACUCAAAGUCUCCAGCGCAGAUCGCUUUGAGGUUUCUCGUACAAAUUGGUGCAGCACCAAUUCCAAAAAGCGUGACACCAAAACGAAUUGAAGAAAAUAUCAGUAUUUUUGAUUUUAAUUUGGACGAAGGGGAUAUGAAGAUUUUGCUUGGACUGGACAAGGGAGAAGCAGGACGGCUUGCCGGAUUUGAGGUAUUCAAAGGGCUUGACAAACAUCCAGAUUUUCCAUUUUCGAAAGCGUGAGACUGUUAGGGAACAUGGGCGAUCGCAACAAAAUAACUGAGCAUAUCUAGACAUAAAAAAUUGUAAAAUUUACCUAUUUAUACAAUAUAAUAGAUGAUAGUUUA